AGACUCCGUAAUCAAAUGACCAAGACAAUGAAUAGUUGUCUUCAGUUUAUUUACUGUGCUUUUUGUAAUCAACCUAACACAGAACAAAAAUAACAUAAAAGGAAGAAAGAUACAACCCAGGAAAUAAAGAAAAAUAAAUGAAAUUGUGAAAAUACAGAAAUCGAAGUCAGCACAUAUUUGAGAUAUGAUAAAAUAUAAUAAAAAAGUCAGCAUAAGUCCGGAGUCAGUGAUAGAAGUUAGACCUUGCGCUAAAAGUGACAGUAACGAGAAUGAAGAGCAAAGUGAAAGCGAUGCAGUGGAGGAAGCAAGAGCGUCUGAAAUCAGAAGUUUAUGUAACCACUGGAAAAUGUUUGUUGUGAUCAUCAUUCCUAUAUCAGCAAUAAUAAUGCUCUCUGGAAUUUCAUUAACUCGAGCAUCUAGGAUCCAACAAAGUACAUCAUUAGCUAUAGAGAAUAUAGACGACAAUUUGAAAAUGAGUGAACUGAUACAGCAUCUACAACGAGAACGAGGCAUGUCUACAUCUUUCAUUGGGACAUCAAAUGUAUCAUCCGCUAUAUUAAACAAGCUACAUAUAAUGAGGCAAGAAACAAAUACAAGUUUGAACAACAUAAAAUGGCCUUACUUUGGUAUUUUUGUAAUGAAUUCUUAUUGGACGAAAGAAGAUUUGCUAACAUCAUUAGCCGAGCAUAGAAGGUAUGUUGAGAAUAGAUCUAUAAAGAUCCUCUAUAAUUUAGACUAUUAUACUACAAUUACUCAUGCCUUGUUGAAGUAUAUAGUUCAAUCUGUUACUCCAUCGGAUAGUGCAGCAGUACAACAGAUGGUAGUGGCUAGUGAAGCUCUAUUAUCACUGACAGAUGACAUAGGCAUCCAAAGAGCUAUUGGGACGACAUUUUUUACCUCUUGUGGAUGGCAAUCUACAGAAAUAGAGACGUACUACAUGACAUUACAUGGACGGUCAUCAGCGUUUUUAGACACAGCAAUACAUCAUCAUAGGAACAUUGAAACACAGUUAACACAAAAGAUUCAAAAUUCUGCUUAUUUGUCAUAUUUUGCCGAUCAAUAUUAUUCAUUUGAAUUGUUUAAGGAUUAUAAAAAUAUUUGUUCCAAGACGUCACAAUAUGAGAGAGAAACAAAAAGUAUAAAAUGGUUCAGUAAUAUGACAAUAUUCAUUGAUAUAUUUUUCGAAAUUCGACAAGCUAUCAACACAGAUAUACAAUCUUUUUCAGAAGCUAUACAGAUAGUUGCUCAGUUUGAGUUUAAUCUCUUUCUAUCUACUUUGAUAGCUGUUGUAACAAUUAGCGCUAUUUUGUUUACUUCGUAUGUGUACUUUGUUGCCAAAAUGACAGGCAAUUUAUUAAAGUUAGCUGAGAAAGUUAAAAGGAAGACUGAAAAGCUGGCAAAAGAGAAGAACAAGACUGAUUCUCUACUCUACCAGAUGUUACCAAAACAAAUUGUUAGAAAUUUGAAAAAAGGGACGUCAUCUAUGGCGGAAUUGUUCAAUGAAGUGACAAUAUACUUUAGUGAUAUUGUAGGAUUUACGCAACUAGGAGCUGAAAGUAACCCUAUCGAAAUUGUUAACUUGCUGAAUGACUUAUACAGUUUACUUGACGAAUGCAUAGAUAAAUAUGAUGUUUAUAAAGUGGAAACGAUUGGUGAUUCUUACAUGGUGGCCAGUGGGGUACCGACACCAAAUGGAAAGAAUCAUGCACCGGAAAUAGCAUUAAUGGCCUUGCAAAUUCGACAGGAGGUCAAAGGGUAUACUAUUUCACACAUGCCGGGUAGAACGCUUCAGAUUAGGAUAGGACUUAAUUCAGGACCAUGCGUUGCUGGAUGUGUUGGCACUAAAAUGCCAAGAUAUUGUCUGUUUGGUGACACAGUCAAUACAGCAUCUAGAAUGCAGUCUUUCGGCAUCGGUGGAAAGAUACAUAUAAGUAGUGUUACGCAAGAAAUCUUGAGCCAUAAUGGGAAUUUUAUAACAGAGUUCAGAGGUCUUAUUGAUGUAAAGGGAAAAGGACAAAUGGCUACAUAUUGGUUGGAGAAAUUCCAAGUUGGCAAACAUGUGUAAGGCAUUCCAUACAUCAUUCACAGCAUCAAUAUGUUCUCAAAUAUUAGAGUCGCACGUGAGAGACAUUCUGAUCAAGCCAAAGCUGUAAACAAAAUCAGACAAGUGCCUAGUCAUGUAUAAUGUUUGUUCACUAUUUGUGUUUUAUAAUUAUGUAAUUUUGUUUUAGAUAAUUGCUUAUUAAACAUUUAUAUGCAUAUUUGAAGAUCAAUGAUUUACAAUGUACUAUGUAUUACUGCAAAAUAAUCAAAAAUAAUCAGCUGAACAAAUUAAAACACUUUCAUUUUAUAUUAAUGCUACUCAAAUUACAUAUUGCAUAUGGAGAAAUGUUGUAUUAAUGAUAUAGCCUGGCCUGGUCUGUCAAACCGAAUUUUUACUAGAUUGUGUUAAAACAAACUUUAAUCAGUCAGGAUUCUACUUCAUCAAAAUUAUCUCCCCAUUACGCCAGUUCAUUUUUACAACUGUAGAAAUUGACGUCAUUUUAGGGAUGACACGCUGCCAAUUUAAGCUCUUGAAAAAUAAAUUAAAAUUAAAAGUUAAUGUUCCUGUCUGCUUUCAGUCAACUUUAAACUAUUGUUUGAUCUGUUGUCAGGUAGAAUUUUCGAAAAUUCAUCUAAAAACAACUAAAUAUUUCGAAGAAGGGCAGACUAAAAAUGUUCAGUGAUUGAAUACUGUAGACCCUAAUUUUCACACAUAAUUCUUUUUCGAAGAUAUGCAUUUCAGCAUCCAACUUAAAAGACUGUCGUCAAGUACUUUAAAUAAAAACUAGCUAUUCGAACACACCUAUCCUGUUUUUGUGAUUAAUUAGAAAGGUAUUUCACUUGACCCAUAUAUUUUAUCUUUUAGUACUGUGAAUUUCUUAUGAUGUUAUAAAGUCAAUCUGUAGCCUUGAUAUAUAUAAAUGAUAGAAUCUGAAGCGAGAUGAUGUAUAAAAUACUCUUGUGUUACAGUGUAAACCAAUGUUUUUGAUUUUUUUUAAGUCACAUAAUGGAAGGGCAGACUCGAAUAAUUACUAUUUGAUCGAUAUGUUCUGCGUCUGUGGUAUUUUUUUUUUUAAAUCGGAGGCUAGGCAUUUUCUACAUUCAUCUUCAUAGAUAUCUAUGGU